CCCAAAUGAUGACUUAGAAAAUCAUUCAAAGAGAAAAGCUUUAACAGAGCUGAUCCAAAAGACCACUUCCUCAUUCCUUUACAUGGCUUUGGCUCACAGCCUUUUCUCCAUGCCACCAAGUACUGUAAAUAUCAAGGUGUGCUCAAACACCCAUGAGGGAAAGCCAAACACAACCCAAAUCCAAGCAGAGAAGAGAUGUUUGAGGUGUAAGACUCUUUACUUGGACAAGGAUAAUUCCCCAACUGCUUGCUCCUUCCAUGGCCACACCACUGGUGAGAAAGGAUUAUUUGCAUUUGCCCCACCACACCAAGGGAUCGAUGGAGAAUGGAGUGACCGCUCUGGAGUAAUUGUCUACAAAUGGAAUGAGAAGAAUAACAGACCAAAUACAGGAAGCACCAACUGGAAAAAGAGAUGGAGCUGUUGUGCUGAGUAUGAUGAGAAUGCCCCACCUUGUCGACAAGGAUGGCAUGUCUCAUACGAUGAUGGCUUCACCUUAUAUUAGCAAUACUUAGUUCAAGGGCAUCAUGGCUUGUUAAUUCAGCAGCACAAGAACCCUGUAAGUAGCCAUACAUCUCAUUACUGAGAACAAGUUACAUGUGCUAAAUGAAAUGGGUUUUGCAUA